AUGGCGGAAGCUCAGCCGUCCAAGCCAUUAGACGAGCCUGACGACGCGCGGAAGGUUGACGUUCAGCCGGUAGAAUCAACGGCAGAAGCUGGUAAAGACGUUUCGGCAAUUUCAGGCCGUGGAUGGUUCUUCCUAGACGUUAACCAGCAGAAUCAAGGGCCUUACCCAGAGGACCAGGUUCCCGGUCUUCUUGCGUACAACUAUGGGGAAGAAGGAGCAGCAGCAGCAGCAGCAGCAGCAGGAGGAGCAGGAGGAGCAGCAGCGGUACCAGAUGCAGCAGCAGGGUUACCAGGUUACGACCCAGAGCAGAUGGUAUUUGUGGAGGACGAGGAGGUUAUCCCCUCUCUUGACGCUGCCAUUGCUGCUGCUGUUGCUGAGAGGGAACGGGCAGAGGCGAGUGAGGAGGAGGAGAUGGGGGAGGGAAGAGGGGGGGACGGGGAGCGUGGGGGGAAGAAGUGGGGGAAGGGCGGGGAGAAGGAGAAAGGGAAGGGGAAGGGGUGGAAGAAGGGGGAGAAACGAGGCGGGGGUGGGAAGGGGGAGGAAGGAGGAGGGGAGGAGGGGGGGAAGCAUUGGGGAGAGAUGGAAGGGGGUGGGAAGGGCAAGGAGGGGGGGAAAGAGGGGGCAGGGAAGAAGGAGCAAGGGCAAGAGAAGGAACAUGUGGAGACACGCAAGGAGCUUCAAAAGAAGGUGACCAAUAACGAGCCAAACGAGUGGUUUGAGUUGAAGGUCAACACGAGUGUGUACGUCACAGGCCUGCCCCAUGACACUAACGAGGAUGAGGUGGGCGAGGUGUUUUCCAAGUGUGGGCUUAUCAAAGAGGAUUUGGACACGGGCAAGCAGCGGGUGAAGCUGUAUCGGGACAAAGCAACGGGCGAGCUCAAGGGCGAUGGGCUCAUCACCUUCCUCAAGCCGCCCUCAGUGGAUCUAGCUCUCAAGAUUUUGGACGGCACUCCUCUGAGACUAGGAGAUAAGCAGCCCAUGUCUGUGACCCUCGCCAAGUUCGAGCAGAAAGGCAAUGUAUUUGUAAAGAAAGCAAGCGACAAGAACAAGAAGAAGAAACUCAAGAAGCUGGAAGCCAAGGUGCUGGGAUGGGGCGGGUCUGACAAUGCCAAGCACACCCUCCCCAUGACAGUCGCGCUCUUUCACAUGCUCACACGAGAUGAAGUUGUCAAUGACCCCUCACUGCCGGUGGAGCUAGAGGCGGAGGUGCGGGAGGAGUGCGCCAAGAUGGGGGUCGUGGAGCGAGUCAAGGUGUACCCCAACCAUCCAGACGGAGUGGUGACAGUGAGGUUCAAGGACAAGGCAGCUGCUUUCAAGUGCAUAGAAGUCAUGAACGGGCGAUGGUUUGGAGGUCGUCAAAUAUCAGCGAUCGAAGACAAGGGGUUGGUCAACUGGGGGCUUGUGAGGGAUGAGGAGGAAGAGGCAAGAAGCCAGCUGCUGCCGUCGCCGUACGAUCCGCCAUGGGAGGGAUACGACCGUCUCAACAUCCCCUUCGCGCCCAUAGAUCACUCCGUAGAGCAGACUACAGUGGCGCUGACAGAACAGAGCACUCUCCCGCAAUCGGGGAGCGCUAUAACGGAGACUACUGCGCCCCAAGCUCCCGCCGUUACCAUCCGUUCGUCUCAGCUGAUCCUGACCGUUCGUUUGGAGCCGUUUCAUCUCUCAUGGGCCGUUCCUAGCAGCAUCGCACCUGCGGCCGCGACUCAGCUUAUAACGGGGACGAAAACGGACGAAAAGUGCACCCCUGUCGUUUUCGCUGAGGACAGGGAGAGCUGCCCGUACCGGUUUUCUGACCGUUCUUUUGCGUUUGAACACGCCAUGAAACGAUGCCCUCCCUCCCCUGCUGAUGCCGAUGCCGCUGCUCCUGCUGCUGCUGAUGCGGCUGAUGCUGGUGCUGGUAGUGUUGUUCCCGGUGUUGCCACAGCAGCAGCCGCGGCAGAGGGGGUUGCAGCAGGAGGCGAUUUUUACUUCGGUCUGGGCGACAAGACGGGUCCUUUCAAUCUCCACUCGCGCCGCCUCGCUAUAGGCAUGCGUGACGCGCUCGGCUUCGACCCGUUACAAGGCGAUCCCCUUUAUAAGCACUGGCCGCUGCUGCUGACGCGCGACGCGCGCUCGCGCGUAUGUUACGGCCAGCUGUACGACAGCCUGGCAGAUGGUGCUGACGUGGACUUGGGGUGCGAGAACAGCAAUUAUUACGGGCCUUACCGGGUGUGGAAGGGCAGGGAUGGGGAUCUGGAUAUGUACAUGGGUGUGGGGCCUGGGGUUAGUGAGGUGAUAGGGACAUUUUCUAGGCUGAUGACUGGUGGGUUGAGAGAGAGAGGUGGAGAAGGAGGUGCGGAAGGGGAAGGAGGAGAGGGCGUUGGGGGAGGAGGGGAGGGGGUUGGGAAAGGGAGAGAUAAAGAGAGUGUGAUAACGGUGUCAGCAUCACCACCAUCAUCACAAUCACCACCAUCACCAUCACCGCCACCACUGCCACGAGCCGUAGGGCCCGCUCUGAUACCACGGUGGACUCUUGGACUCCACCUCACCGCCAUGCCGCUAGCCGACGCUCCAGAUGCGCAGGCACGCAUCUCCCGGUUCAUCUCAGCCGCUCGUUCCACCUGCAUGCCCGUCAGUGCGUUUCACUUUGGCUCUGGCUACACCAUGAUUGGCAAGCGGAGGUACGUUUUCCACUGGAACUUAGCUAAGUUCCCGGACCCGCAGGGGCUUGUGGGGGAGAUGAGGGGGGCUGGGAUGCGGGUGGUGGCGAAUGUUAAGCCUUGUAUGCUGGUGGAUCAUCCGAGGUAUGGUGAAGUGGGUGCGGGGAAUGGGUUUGUCUUCUUGAGUGGGGAUGCAGCGGCAGGAGCUUCUGCUGCCGCUACACCGCCCGCUAUAAGCCAGUUCUGGGACGGGCUAGGGGCACACCUAGACUUCACCAACCCAGGCACCAUAGCUUGGUGGCAGGCCAACAUGCAGCGGGCGCUGCUUGAUGUUGGUAUCGAGACCGCGUGGAAUGACAAUAACGAGUAUGAGAUCUGGGAGGAGGACGCGUGCAGUCACAUGUUCGGGUGCGCCGAGCCUCUGUCUCUGCAUCGGCCGAUCCACGCUCUGAUGAUGACCCGCGCCUCGUUCGAGCAGCAGGUUCGGGCCGAGCCUGGCCGCCGACCCUACUCGGUUACCAGAGCUGGGGGAUUUGGCAUUCAGAGAUACGCGCAGACCUGGUCCGGGGAUAACUCUACCAGCUGGAAAUCGCUCAGAUGGAACCUCCGCCUUGGUCUCUGCCUCUCCCUCUCUGGUCUCUUCAACUGCGGUCAUGACGUCGGUGGCUUUUCCGGACCUCCUCCCGAGCCUGAGCUCCUGGUUCGGUGGGUACAAGCCGGCCUGCUGCACCCGCGAUUCCUCAUGAAUAGCUGGAAGCCUGAUGGAACCAUCACCUGCCCUUGGAUGUACCCCGAUUCGAUCCCAGCCGUCCGUUGGUCCGUGCGGCUGAGAUACCGCCUAAUCCCAUACCUCUACUCUCUCUCCUUCCGAGCCUCUUUUUUUCACGAGCCGAUAAUCCGCCCGACGUUUUACGAUUUUCCCGAGGAUGACCGAUGCUGGAGGGAUGGGGAGGAGCUUAUGGUGGGGCCGAUGCUGCUAGCGGCUCCUGUGGUCGAACGCGGGGCACGCCAGAGAAAAGUUUACCUGCCCGGCGGGCAGCCUGGGAGGAAAAGUACCACCGGUUCCUCUGAAACCCCAGCUCCGUGUUACGGAUGGUUUGAUUUUUACUCGGAGGAGUUUUUUCUGCCCGGGCAGGUUGUGACGGUGGCGGCCCCGCUUGACCGAGUGCCCCUGUUUGUUCGGGCGGGCGGGAUAGUGGCGAUGACUGAAAGCACGGUGGAUUUCAGUGGGCUGCAUGAUGAGAGGUCUAGGUUUCUCAGGGUGUUCCCCCCCCCUAUGGGUUCUGCUGCUGCUGCUGCUGCUGCUGGUUCUGCUGCUGGUGCUGCUGGUUAUUCUGCUGCUACUCACGCUGCUGGCACUGCUGCUGCUGCAGCUGGAGCGUCAGGGGAAGGUGGUGGGGAGAGCUGGUUUGUCUUGUACGAGGACGACGGAGAGACUCUUAAAGGGGACAGAGCAGAGGUGCAUGUGUGCAUGCAGUGGGAUGCACAGAAGGUGGUGGUGACUGUAACGAUCGUGCAUGUACAGGGGGGAAGUGGGGGAGAGAGUGGUGUGGAUAACAGAGGAGAGAGCAGCGGCAGAGGGGAGAGCAGCAGAUUAGGCGGGUACAGAGUCCCUUGGGAGACUCUCAGGGUGGCUUUACCAGCUGCAGAUACACGCGAGCUGGUGAUUCGGUGGGGGGAUGGAGGGGGAGGAAGCGAGGAGGUGAAUGAUAAACGGCAGGUGGUUGGGGUGGAGCGAGGGGCGUUUGUCUGGCACUCGCUGUGA